AUGAAGAUAGAGCCAAGGAUGAGCUACAGAAAGAUUGUUGGAGUCAAUGGCCCGCUUGUUAUCCUGGAUGACAUAAAGUUCCUGAAGUAUGCAGAGAUUGUGAGCCUUACCCUUCCGGACGGCAGUGUGCGCCAAGGCCAGGUUCUUGAGGUGUGUGGGAAAAAGGCUGUUGUCCAGGUGUUUGAGGGGACUGCAGGAAUCGAUGUGAAGGAGACACAGGUCACAUUUACCGGAGAAACACUUAAGAUGGCGAUUUCUGAGGACGUCCUGGGACGAGUGUUUAAUGGCAGCGGAAAGGUAAUUGACGGAGGGCCUAGUAUUAUAGCGGAAGAUUACCUUGACAUCCAAGGACAGCCUUUGAAUCCGCAUGCAAGGACAUAUCCUGAGGAGAUGAUUGAGACUGGGAUUUCGUCGAUUGAUGUGAUGAACUCGAUUGCAAGAGGACAAAAGAUCCCGAUAUUCAGUGCCUCUGGGCUUCCGCACAACGAAAUAGCAGCGCAGAUAUGCAGGCAGGCAGGGCUUGUGAAGAAGAAGGAUGCGCUUGAUGGAAGCAACGAGAACUUUGCGAUUGUGUUUGCAGCAAUGGGAGCAAACGUGGAGACAGCAAACUUUUUCAAAAACAGCUUUGAGGCAUCUGGAUCGAUUGGAAGAACAGCAUUGUUCCUGAACCUUGCGAAUGAUCCGACAAUAGAGAGGAUAAUAACUCCCAGGCUUGCACUGACUGCAGCAGAGUAUCUUGCAUAUGAGACAGAAAGGCAUGUGCUUGUGAUUAUGACGGACAUGAGCUCGUAUGCAGAUGCAUUGAGGGAGGUAAGUGCAGCAAGGGAGGAGGUUCCGGGAAGAAGAGGAUAUCCGGGAUACAUGUAUACUGAUCUGAGCACGAUAUAUGAGCGAGCAGGAAGGCUGGAAGGGAGGAACGGAUCCAUAACACAGAUCCCAAUACUAACGAUGCCGAACGAUGACAUUACUCACCCGAUUCCCGAUCUUACGGGAUAUAUAACGGAGGGGCAGAUCUAUGUUGAUAGGCAGAUGUAUAACAGACAGAUAUAUCCGCCGAUCAAUGUGCUUCCGUCGCUUUCGAGGCUUAUGAAAAGUGCGAUUGGAGAGGGGAUGACACGAAAGGAUCAUGGAGAUGUGUCGAACCAGCUUUAUGCAAAGUAUGCGAUUGGAAGGGAUGCACAGGCAAUGAAGGCGGUGGUUGGUGAGGAGUCGCUUUCGACUGAGGACAAGGUCUCGAUUGAGUUUCUUGAGCGGUUUGAGAAGGAGUUUAUCAGCCAAGGGCAUAACGAGAGCAGAACGAUAGGAGAGUCGCUUGACAUUGCAUGGAGCUUGUUGAAGGCGUUUCCAAGGGAGAUGCUUAAUAGGAUUCCUGGGGAGAUACUGGAUGAGUACCAUUCUAAUAUGUCCCGGGAGAUUGAUUGA